UGUCUGCGGGCUGUCAAGUGUUGUCAAGCGAGAGUGGCUAUAGAAGAACAUGGACGUGAACAUCAAAGAAUGCGAGGAACAGUCAACAUCAAUUGAUAAGAGCAAAGAGGUCAACAGGACAUAUGUUAUCUCUGCGACGAGAACCUGUGGUAAAACCACUGACAUCUAUUCUCGCGGAAGACUCACCCUUCAAAGAAGGAAAACCGACAACAAAGGAACACCAAAAAGCGAAAAAAUGGUAAAAGAAAAUACAGAAAAUCGGACUGAGGUGGCUGAAAAACGACUAACGUUACAACGUAGGACAAGGACGGGAUCAACAGACAAAAACACCACUGACACCAGCAGAUCAACAGAAAAGCAAGUUGGACAAAGUAGUCAGGAUUUGCGUCAUUCAAAAAUCCUGUCUGAGCCAAACUGUAGAACACCGCGGGCAACAGGCGUCUUGAGAUCAGUUAGUAUGAAAGACACAUUGACCAAUAGUACAACAAAAGAAAGAAUUAAUCUCAUUAACACGCCUGGUAAAGCGUCCUCCAGGUUUCUACAGAAGACAGUCACCGAACCAUCUGUGGACAAAGUGGAUUCCACCAAAACAGAAGACCAGAGCAAAAUAUUUUCGACUCCAACCAAAAAGACACCCUUCGAGAAAAUCAGUGCAAAGAAAGAUGUUUUCGAGAGACUGGCAGGAAGAGAAGUCCCUAAAACCACGGCAGCAAAAUCUGCAAGCUUGGAAAGGCAAAAGUACCCUGGACUGGUGAAUGGAGGCUGUUUCAAGCCAACAGGGCAAUUGUCAGUUAACCCCGGUAACAGUAACUAUCCGAUCGGAAGUAAGGGCAGAAACGUGACCUCCAGUCUGCAGUUUACACAGGUGAAAAAGGCGACCUCACUGACGAGCUCAGAAGAGAGUGGAAAUGUGAGCGGCCCCGGGUGUAAGACGCCUGGAAGCGUGGCUGCUUCGACCGAACUGUUGAACAGAGAGGGUAAGGUACUGAAGCAAGACUCCCUCAAAAUGGAAAACAGUGCAGUAACCGUGGCGGUACGAGUGAGGCCAUUGAACAGCAGAGAGAAGAUUGAGAAUGGCCAGCAAGUGAUCUUCAUGGAUAACCAGACGACCACUGUACACCACCCAGACUCCAAGCAGAGCUACUACUCCUUCACCUAUGAUUUCUCAUUCAGUUCAUUUGACAAAACGGACCCAAAUUUUGCCAGCCAACAAGUGGUGUAUGAAAAAUUAGCAAGACCUCUACUUGAAAGAGCCUUUGAAGGAUUCAACACUUGCCUUUUUGCAUAUGGCCAGACUGGAUCAGGAAAGUCUUACACAAUGAUGGGUUAUGGUGAAGAGGCUGGGAUGACACCAAGGUUCUGUGAAGAGCUGUUUUCCAGAGUGACCAACUCUAAGAACAAGGAUGUAACGUGUCACCUGGAAAUGAGCUAUUUUGAAGUUUACAAUGAGAAAAUCCAUGACCUGCUAGUAGUGAAAGAUGAACAAGGCCAAAAGAGGUUACCGCUCAGAGUCAGAGAACAUCCAGUGUUUGGGCCUUAUGUUGAAGAUCUGUCCACGAAUGUGGUGAGCUCCUAUGCUGAUAUCCAGGGCUGGCUUGUGCUGGGAAAUAAACAGCGUGCCACAGCAGCCACCGGCAUGAAUGACAAGAGCUCGAGAUCCCACUCAGUCUUCACCCUUGUCAUGACUCAAACCAAGACGGAGUUUGUAGAGGAAGAGGAGCAUGACCACACCAUUACCAGCAGGAUCAACCUGGUGGACCUGGCAGGCAGUGAGCGCUGCUCCUCAGCCCAGACCAGCGGAGACCGACUCAGGGAAGGUGCCAGCAUAAACAAGUCUUUGCUAACACUGGGGAAGGUGAUUUCAGCUCUGUCUGAGCAGUGUCAGUCUAGGAAGAAAGUCUUCACCCCAUACAGAGAGUCUGUGCUUACAUGGUUGCUGAAGGAGAGUCUGGGUGGGAACUCAAAGACCGCCAUGAUCGCCACGCUCAGCCCUGCUGCCAGUAAUGUGGAGGAGACCCUCAGCACCCUGCGCUAUGCCAGACAGGCCCGCAUGAUCAUCAAUGUAGCCAAGGUCAACGAGGACACCAACGCCAAACUCAUCAGAGAGCUGAAGGCUGAGGUUGAAAAACUGAGAGCCGCUCAGAUGAGCUCUCAAGGCAUUGAACCAGAGAAGAUGAGGCUGUUUCAACAGGAAAUUACAGCUCUCAAGGCCCAGUUGACACAACAGGAGAGGGAAAUGGCUGAAGCACACAGAACAUGGAAGGAAAAGCUGGAACAGGCAGAGAAACGUAAACGUGAAGAAACCAAAGAAUUACAGAAAGCUGGUAUCACAUUCAAAGUGGAUAACCGCCUUCCCAACCUUGUGAACCUGAAUGAGGAUCCUCAGCUGUCAGAGAUGCUGCUGUACAUGAUUAAAGAGGGACAGACCAAGGUCGGGAAGCGCAAGUCUGAGUCUGCCCAUGAUAUUCAGCUGUCUGGAGCUCUCAUUGCUGAUGAACACUGUGUGAUAUCUAAUGUUGGCGGUACGGUUAGCAUCACUCCAAUCAAGGAUGCAAAGACAUUUGUGAAUGGAAACCUGGUGUCCAAGUCCACUGUCCUUCACCAUGGGGACAGGGUGAUUCUCGGUGGAGACCACUACUUCAGGUUCAACCACCCAGUGGAGGUGCACAGUGGGAAACGUGUGUCCUGCUGGACUCAGUCAGGGGACGGACACAAGGACUUUGAAUAUGCCAAAAACGAGCUUCUGGCAGCACAAAGGGCACAACUGGAGGCUGAGAUUGAGAAGGCCCGGUUAAAAGCCAAAGAAGAAAUGAUGCAAGGUAUACAAGUCGCCAAGGAGAUGGCUCAGAAGGAGCUUAUGGAUCAGAAGAUGGUGUAUGAGAACAAGAUCAAAGCUCUGGAACGAGAGCUGGAGGAGGAGAGUGAGAAGAAGAGACUCCAGGAGCUCAAUAACCAGAGGGUGGCCAGCAAAAUGGAGGAGCUUCAGACUGCGAAGACCUUGCUUGAGCAGGAAGUGAACCUGAAUAAGAAACGGCUCCACAUGGAGGCUCAGGCAUUGGCUGACCAUGACAUAAGACAUGCUAAAAUUCUAGAAGCCUUGGAAGCAGAGAAAAGGAAGAUUGCUGAAGAUCUUGAGAAGAUGCAGAAAAAAGUGGCACAAAAAGAAAUGCAUACCCCUAAAAAUGCUCAACCACAAUGGGAUGCCAUGAAGCUGUCCGUGAUGAUUGAGGAAGCAAAUGCCAUAAGUAAAAAACUCAAGAAGAGUACCACGUUCAGCAGGCACGAGCCGUCUGAUAAAGAUGUAGGAGACAAAGAUGGGGAGCUGCAGGUGCAAGUCCAGAACACCAAGCUUGGCAUCUCCACUUUCUGGAGCCUGGAGAAGUUCCAGAGCAACUUGGCAGCCAUGAGGGAACUUGAGCAGGGCGAUAGUGCUUCUAAAGAUGACGAUGUGUUUUAUGAUCCGAAUGAUGAGUGGGAGCAAGAUCUAUCGGCCUCUUCCGCUGCAUCAUCGUUUUCACGCCGAAGGAGCAGAAGCCUUUUAAAGAGCAGGAGGAUUUCGGGACGCCUGUAUGAAAUAAGAGUGCACCCCAUUCAGAGUCUUCACCCCUCCUCCGCGCAGCACUCCGGACUGAUAGGUGUUAGCAAACCCCCAUCCCUGCACCCCAGUGCCUCUGACCCGGCCCUCCCUGGGAUCUGCAAAGACCUGAUUGGCUCGGCGCUGGCCCGACUGCGUGGGAGUCAAGGGGGAGAGGAGACCAUGGCUGACAAGCUGACCUCUGACCUUCUGGCCAUUUACACUGCAGUCAUGUCCAUUGCCAGCAUGUACGACAGCCUUGACGACAACAGCCAGGAGAACUUGUUUGUCUGUAAUGGGGAAGCUCAGACACAGCUUGUGAAGGCUACGUCAGCCAUCGAGAGAGCGGUGUUUGUUACCUUGCAGUGGAUCACUGCCAUCAAGCCAAAAUCUGGCUCUGUCUUUCACAUAGCCGAGGAGCUCAAGAGAGAAGUCAAGAAAAUGGGAGGCUACUUUCAGCUUCUCAUUCAGGGCUGUGACUCUGAAAUCACCUCCAUGGUAACAGAAGCUCAGAGCAAGAUCAGCCAAUGCCUGGAUGUGGCUCUGAGGGUCAUCAGCCAGCUCUCAGCUGUGUCGGGAACAGAGCUCCACACAGAAGUGGGCUCAGAGGACACCGGCAAGCGCCUCAUAGCGGUUCCUCUGUAUGAAGGAGCCUGCAAAGGUGUGCAGACCCUGUUGGAUGGUGUGAUUAACCAAGCCAAGGAGCUGCACAGAGACGCUCAGCUCACAUGCCCCAGGACUGAGGUUUUGCAGAGUCUAAAGAAGAAAGCUUUGGAUGUAGCCUCUUCCCUUCAGAGUUACAUCUCUUGCAAUCAAACGGAGACAGAUGGGUCCUUAGAGAGGGCAGAAGAGGACACUGAUCCCUCACACCUGCAGACAGUGAGGAGCACAGCUGCUCAGCUCUUCCAGCUAAGCCUGGCUGUCCAACAGCUGCGCUCUGCUCUCGUAAUGACCCUGAGAGGCAAAGACAAGAGCUCCAACCUUGGCAGAAGCAGAGAAGAAAUCUGUGCAUCUUCCAAGAAGAUUGAUGAUGUCAUCAGCGGGCUCCCAAAACUUAGGGGAAACAUUUAUGCGCCUAGACUUCAGCUGCCCUGUGUGAGAAGUGUCAUGGCAGCCAGGGAUGAUGUGCAUUCUGCUCUGCACUCUCUGACAUCACUGUUUGAUCAGAGCUAUGUUGAAAAGAAUGAGUUUUCUGGCAUAGAGAACAGCGAGGGGAAGGCUGAGGAGGAAAGGGACCCGGACAAUGAAGAUGUGUCUGCAGCAAGCAAAGGCAGGAGAGACAGAACUGUACCCAAAAUUGUGUACACUCUUUCCUCAGGGGCAACCACCUAUUCUAAGGGUAUACACUGGGUGUAG